UUAAAAAAAAAAGACCAUUAAAAUUUGUUAAUCAAGGCCUUUAAAUAGGAGAGGAAGGCAAUAGGGAAGGGUGAGAGAGUGAGAGAAGAUGGAGAAGGGAAGGAGGAUAUCAGCAGUUCAUGUCUUGGCCAUUCCUUAUCCAAGCCAAGGCCACCUUAACCCUAUGCUCCAAUUCUGCAGGCGCCUUGUUUCCAAAGGCCUCAAAGCCACUCUUGCCAUCACAACUUUCAUUAGCAAUACCACGCAACCUAAGUUUGACUCUGCAGUACAACUCGACACGAUAUCUGACGGCUAUGAUGAAGGCGGCUUCAAGCAGGCCGGUGACACCCAAGCUUACGUUGCCGGCUUAGAAGCCGCCGGAUCAAAAACCCUAGCCGAGCUCAUCAAGAGGCACGAAAUUGCCGGCCACCCCGUUGAUUGUGUUAUUUAUGACGCGUUUCUACCUUGGGCUCUGGAUGUAGCCAAACAACAUGGUAUAGUUGGGGUUGCUUUCUUCACGCAGCCAUGCGCCGUUAAUUACAUAUAUCAUCACGCUCAUCACGGACUACUGGCGUUGCCCGUGCUGUCGUUGCCAGUCUCGAUCCCUGGGCUGCCGUUGCUUGAGCUUGAGGAUAUGCCAUCAUUCAUUUAUGUGCAUGGUUCUUAUCCAGCUUACUUUGAGAUGGUUCUAAGCCAGUUCUCAAAUGUGGAGAAAGCUGAUUAUGUCGUGGUGAACACAUUCUACAAGUUGGAGGAAAAGGUGGUGGACGCAAUGUCAAAAGUCAGCCCAAUGUUGACAAUUGGCCCAACAAUUCCAUCUUUCUACUUGGACAAAAGAGUCCAACAUGACAAAGAUUAUGGCCUCAAUCUCUUCAAAUUGGACCCCUCUGUUUGCCUUGAAUGGCUAAGCAACAAGCCUAAAAGGUCCGUUGUCUAUGUCUCAUUUGGUAGCUUGUCCAACAUAAGUCCAGAGCAAACCGAGGAAUUAGCACGGGGCCUCAAGGGAAGCAAUUUAUACUUCUUGUGGGUAGUAAGGGAUUCCGAGGAGGCCAAGCUGCCGGAACAUUUCGUCGAGGAGACGUCCGACAAGGGCCUGGUAGUCGGAUGGAGCCCGCAACUGGAAGUGCUAGCGAGCGAGGCUGUCGGUUGUUUCUUUUCGCAUUGCGGGUGGAAUUCGACUAUCGAGGCGCUGAGCCUAGGUGUUCCGAUGGUGGUAAUGCCGCAAUGGACUGACCAGACGACGAACGCCAAGUUUGUCCAAGAUGUUUGGAAGGUGGGUAUUAGGGUUAAGAUGGAUGAGAAGGGGGUUGUUGGGAGAAAAGAAGUUGAGAAUUGUAUAAGGGAAGUGAUGGAAGGGGAGAAGGGGAAAGAAAUGAUGGAGAAUUGCAUCAAAUGGAAGGUUUUGGCUAGAGAGGCUGUUUGUGAAGGUGGGACUUCUGAUAAGGACAUUGAUGAAUUUGUAUCUAAAUUAACUAAAUCUUUGUGCUAAUCUUGUAAUCAAAUCAUGUGAUGUAAUAAUGGAAACUUUUGCCUUUUACCUGGCAAGCUCUAA